AUGGUUGCGAUGUCGUCGGCGACUGUUCUCUCAUCCGUCACCAUCUUAUGCGCUUUCACGCUAGCCGACGCCAACGUCAACGGCGAGGCGUACUGUGAGAACGGUGCCGUGUCCGUCGAGGAGUGCGAGCGCUCCUCGUGCUGCCACUACAACCCGGACGGGCUGGGGAAAUGUUGGAGCUCUAUCUCGUCUAGGACAUGCUAUGACGUGGCGCCUUCGCUGACUGUGUAUUUCGCGGAGACUUACCCAGAUUCAGAAUGCUAUGGCAGCCCUUCAUACAACUAUUUUUUCAAGAAGGCCACAGGCUUGCUGGACUGCUACGUCUACACCGAUAUCACUGGCGAGCACAUCUUGGGGGGUAGUUUUGCUGUGACCUGCCUCGGCGACAGAGCAACUUUCAACGAGUUUGAUCGUGCGAAUUGCACAGGCUCUAUCGUUGCAUGGGGGACAACGCCGUGGGCUUGGUACACAUCAAAUACGUGCUCAAGUUUCGAAUACGAUCAUCAAGUAUCGGGUACGUCCAUACUUCUUAAUCGAAGCCUUACGGGACAAGUCUUGACGUCCAGCGAUUAUCCUUCCACGUGCACUAAUACCACGCAGGAUGUAUGCGAAGACGAUGAUGCCUUGUUCGCUGCUAGCGCCAACCGGGUCAAUGCUUCUUGCAGCGUUGCGGCUGCAUUGGGUCUUUGCGUUUUCGCCGACAUUUCACACGUGUGCUGUAAAUCAUGCUCUGCGACGCCUCCCACUGGCGAGGCGUACUGUGAGAACGGCGCCGUGUCCGUCCAGGAGUGCAAACGCUCCUCGUGCUGCCACUACAACCCAGACGGGCCGGGGAAAUGUUGGAGCUCUAUCUCGUCUACGACAUGCUAUGACGUGGCGCCUUCGGGGACUGUGUAUUUCGCGGAGACUUACCCAGAUUCAGAAUGCUCCGGCAGCCCUUCAAACAAUUUUUAUUUCAAGAAGGCCACAGGCUCGCUGGACUGCUACGUCUACACAGAUGCCACUGGCGAGCACAUCGUGGGGGGUAGUUUUGCUGUGACCUGCCUCGGCGACAGAGCAACUUUCAAUGAGUUUGAUCGUGCGAAUUGCAAAGGCUCUAUCGUUGCAUGGGGGACAACACCAUGGGCUUGGUACACAUCAAAUACGUGCUCAAGUUUCGAAUACGAUCAUCAAGUAUCGGGUACGUCCAUACUACUGAAUCAAAGCCUCGUGGGACAAGUCUUGGCGUCCAGCGAUUAUCCUUCCACGUGCAUUAAUACGGACUGCCAGGACUACGACGACGUACUGGGGCUUUUUCUUGCUGGCAUUACCGAGUGUAGCGUUGCGGCUGCAUUGGGCCAUUGUGCUGACGCCGAGAUUUCACACGUGUGCUGCGAAACAUGCUCUGCGUCGUCUCCCACACCAGAACCGACAUACCCUGACGGAUUCUCCGAAGCCUCAGGUGUUUGGGCUUAUUGUCCCGCCUUCAUGACCUUGUUGUUGAGCGUUACUGGGGUGUUGCAGUAG